GUUUGAUUUAUAUCCACUAGAAACGAGCGCUGAAGUAAAUUGCAAACGUUAACAUUAUAAUCGUAUCAUAUCGUUAGAAUCAAUACUUUUAAUUUAUCGGACAGUUUGAUUUAUAUACAAAAGCCGCAAUAAAGAUAGCGUAAUAUAUCUUGUCAGCUGUGGCGUAUACUGUACUUUAAACACAAUCUCGAUGAAGAUAUUAAUAUAUUAUUAUUGUCAUCGAGCUUAACAGUGUUAUUGUUUUACAAUACGCCAGCAUAAGUACGAGAAACCUUCAGCCAUCUAGAAGACGACGAUCCAUCGACUUACACACGGCAAUCGAGUCAAAAAUAUUCGGACUGAUGAUCGAUAAACCGUAACUAUACCAUUAAUACAUUUAUAAACGAAUUAUUCAAGUGCUGGAAUUACUGCAAGCGAGACUUUUCAUAAUGCUAUUUAAUCCUUUCGUGUAUAUUUAUAUUAUUAGUUUAUUAAUCUUUUCGACCGUUAUUGAGACGGGGGGGAAUAGAAAUAAGGAACAUCAAUCUAGUUGGGAUGCAGUUUUGGCUGACCCUGAACCGGAGUCGGGUAUAACUGCCGUCGACAUAUCUUUGAGCGAUUAUAAAUCUACUCGGAAUGAUCCUAAUAAUGAACCUUGCAAAGGAUUGACGAGAUGUCAUGAAGAGAGAUCGAAUGCGAAAUUUGAAUGCACUAGCAGUUUGAACGGAGAAUUUGUUAAUUGGAAUUACCAAAUUAGCUGUUGGUGCUGUACUGUUUAAUAUAUAACGUAGAAUUAUGCGAUGAAUUUCGGAUAGUAUGUGAUUUAUUUUAUUGAAACUAAAAUUGUUAUUAUAAUUAAACAUUUGUUAAAAUUAGAACUCUGACGUCAAUAUUGAAUUGAUGAAAAAAUUGUAUAAAUUGUAUUUUCUAUUGAAAGACAAUUAUUUUAAAUAAAAAUAUUGAUUGAACUAAAUGAUUUGUUUUUUUUUUUUUUUUU